CGUCAUUUCCGAUCCGGCAUUCUCGGCGUAUUCAGUUCGAUUCAAUGUAUCUUUCUAUUGUUCAUGUUCGUCCGAGUCUCGUGGCCCGACCAAAAAGCACAAGGUUCAAAUUGUCUUCACAAAAUGAUAGAUUUUCGCAAUAAUUCUGGGGCAGUCGAUGCCGACAAUGGAAAAUAUAACAAUACUAAUAUACCUGUCACUUCACAACCAAGUUUAGCUCCACUUAGUCCAUUCUUAAAUUUUGAUCCAUCAUAUCUUCCCGUAAGUCAGCCAGAAUUUAUAUUUCCCGAUGGUGCUUUAAAGCAAAGAGGCCGUUUCGAGUUAGCUUUCAGUCAGAUUGGAGCUGCUUGUAUAGCGGGAGCUGGAAUCGGUGGAACAUCAGGUUUAUAUAGAGGCAUCAAGGCAACAUCUAUCGCUGGUGAAACUGGCAAACUUAGGAGAACACAAUUGAUUAAUUAUGUUAUGAAGGGUGGCGCUAGUAUGGCAAAUUCACUUGGUGUAAUAACAAUAAUGUACACUUGUGCUGGAAUAGGCUUAACUUGGCUCAGAGGAACCGAUGAUAGCUUUAACACAGUUGCUGCAGCUGCUACAAGUGCCACCGUGUUUAGAUCUCCUGCUGGAGUCAGAAAAGCCGGUAUUGCGGGCGCUAUUGCGGCGGGAGUUGCAGUGAUGUAUUGUUUAUGGAAUAACGGAGGCUUGUCAGUACAGCGUAUGAAUGGAUGGAAACAUCCAGCGUAAGAGUGCACAUGUUUAGUGAGUGUAUUGAUAUAACAAUUUGACAUCUAUGAAAAAUUUUCAAUGCGUUCUCGUAUGCGUAUGCGUUCUUGUAUUACCUUGUACAUAGAAAAUCUCACACCAAAUAACGCAAAUAAAUUAUUAAAAAGAUGUUAGUAUAAGAAAAAUGAAUUAUCGAAACUAGCAAUGUAUGUACUUUCAAAUAAAUAUACUCGCAUGUUGCAUAUA